AUGUCCUUUGAAAUCUCUGUCCCAGCGACGAGCGCGAACAUCGGACCAGGAUUCGAUGUCGUUGGACUUUCUUUAUCACUUUAUUUGACUCUUCAAGUCACCAUCACCGCUGGAGGUCCCAGAACGCCAGUUCUGAGCUACGAAGGGGAAGGCGCCGAUGAAGCACCCCUGGAUCCGUAUAAGAACCUUACAACAAGAGUUGCACUCUACGUCCUUCGAUGCAAUGGAAUAUCCUCCUUUCCCAGUGGAAUCAGCAUCCACGUCAAAAAUCAGAUCCCCUUCGGACGAGGACUGGGAUCGUCGGGUGCGGCCGUCAUUGCCGGUGUCCUGCUAGGAAACUCGCUAGGAAACCUAAACUUAUCGACCGAGAGAAUGCUCGACUUUGCGCUUAUGGUCGAACGCCACCCAGAUAAUGUUACGGCCGCUCUCGUGGGCGGCUUCGUCGGAUCGUAUUUACGCGAACUGGACGAGAGCGCAACCGCUGCAGCGAGCGUUCCGCUAGCAGAGGUACUCCCAGAGUACCCAGAAGAUGCAAGCGAGGACUGGGGAAGAAAUCCUCCACAACCUCCGACGGGGAUCGGUCACUAUGUCCGCUUCAAAUGGGCAAAGGAGAUCAAGGCCAUCGCCAUUAUCCCUCAAUUUGAGCUGAGCACGGCGAAAGCUCGUGCCGCUUUGCCAGAGUCGUAUUCAAGAAAGGACGUGGUUUUCAAUCUACAACGACUAGCCGUCCUAACGACGGCGCUAGGGUUGAGCCCUCCUGAUGCAGAGCUCAUCUACGAGGCCAUGAAGGACCAAAUGCAUCAACCUUACCGGAAAGCCUUGAUACCUGGCCUUCCCGAGGUAUUGAAUUCUGUCACACCGAGCACCCACGAAGGGUUGCUCGGAAUCUGUUUAUCGGGUGCUGGACCAACUAUAUUAGCACUGGCUACCAAGGGGUUUGACAAAAUUGCCCAAGACGCAUCCGCCGUAUUUGCAAAACACGGGGUACAGGUCGACUGGAAAGUGUUGGAGGUGUGCAGCGGCUGUUCAGUACGAUGA